GCGGAAGACUAUGCUCUAGAGUAACCCCCUGCCUCAACCGUCACUACCAUCAUCACGAAGAAGAUCCAUACCAUUCACACCAUUCACACCAUACCAUCCAUCCACUCACUUAUCCACUCAUCCAAUCCAUUCCAUCGGAAGAGAAUUGGGAGUGAGAACAUACCACCCCCUCCAACCCCCCCGCGAGGCUACUGCGCUUCACUCCCUGCCUAGCGAAACGAACCUUCCAUCCUUCCCCCUUCCGGACUUCCCUCCCUACAAACGCGGUCACACUUCAUGGAAGAGUGAUGCUUCAGCACCCUCUCCAUAUCGCACCUCUUUGCCAAACCUCCUGCCACUCCGCUCCUGCCACCGUGUUUCUCGGGACGCACCGACUUUUGUCCGGGUCUCUGCUGUGCUGAUUCCUUGCUGACUUUCCUGUCUGCUGUAUAUCAGGGCAAUCCAGGGAGACUUGCAGGCUUUACAGUAAAAAACCAAACGAGAAAAAAAAGGGAAAAUAAUCUAUCUUAUUGUCCCAGUGACUUUUUGUGAGCGACGAACCUGCGAGAGAGAGGGUUGGUAGCCUUCACCUCAACCCAGGAAAUCCCGUUAUCGCCCUAAGGGUCAUACCCACGAAUCUCUGCCCACCAACUCUUCCCUCGCCCAGCUCAUUGCCGUGCCCACAACAAACACUAUCACCGCUCCACCCCGCCGCGGCGCUCCCACUCGCUCACACACUCGUCCACUCAUUCUUCAGUUAUCACUGGUGCCUAUUCAAGUGUUUGAUUGUUUUGUCCAUUCUCUCACCGCGCUGCUGCUUGGCGUUGAAAUAAAAAAAGUGCUGCCCUAGAAGAGGAGUGAGGGAAAUACGGUGGGGAAAAGCCCCCAACUUGAGUCUAAUAUUGGACUCCGGGGAAGGUGAGGGUGAAAAAAGCCUCUAAAGGGACCCGCCAGCAAAAUAGUGAGCCUAGCCCACACGGCCCCCAUUGGUUCUCCAAACCGAGCAACCCAUCCCUUCCACACACCAUCCCUCUCUCAACCUCCCCACUGUCAGUCCGAUUCCUACAUACAUCCUCCUCCAAAUCGACAUUUUUCUCUUUGAUCGGGCUCUACCUCUCUCUCCUACUUUGUUCGAGCCCUGCUAGACUGCAUAAACGCACCCAAGUAUCGAGUCUCAGGGUCCCCGAAAGCCGGAGAAGGAGAGAACUUGCUUUUCCCCCGAGGCAAUAAGCAAGAAGGUCUUGACGUAGGUACCACUAAAUCGAUCGGUGGCUGUCCUGUGGUUUCUUCUUUGUUAUUCUUGGAAUACCCGUUGGUCUGGGGUUGGUUUUCUCGGUCCAUUCUGCCUGCUACUCUACACACCACACAAGACUGCAGUAGUGAAGGAUCCUGCCUCCCAGGUCCUUAAAUUACAACAUAGUUUGCGGAGAAACACGUUAUCGAGCAUGGAGUUUUCGACAGAAUUUAGGGGUUCACAUUUCACACAACCUUCACCGAAUGGGUCGUUAAUUGCCUCGAUCGUGCACCCGAGACUUGUACUCCGUUCAACAUCAACGCUACAAGUAAAACGAACAAUACCACUGAACCCCGACUUUGCGUCUCGAGUGAGUUUCGUCAAGUGGUCACCUUAUUUGAACAGCUCAUUCACUUCACCGGCAUGGCACGGAAUUCCUGUAAUAGGGAAGAGAAGGAGCGGGGUGGAUAAGUCUGAGGAAGAAGGCGGUGGACGACAGCGUGUAUUGCUGGCGGACGACCAAUCAAUCCAAGUAUAUGAUGUGGAGGAUGAAAAAUGGACUGCGGUUAUCAAACAGGGCUUUGGAGGGAUCAGGCACCUUCAGUUUGGCAGAAAUGCAGACGAAGUUGUUGUCUUUUCUGAGUUUCAGCUUAAGGUAACCGUUUGGAAUUUGGCCACAUCAAAGUUGAUAGAGAUACUCAAUCCAAAAUUCCCUACAAGAGGCUACAGUUAUCGUCCUUGCACUGCUCACUUCGCACUUCUCACUCGUUCAUCAACGCAUGAUGUGAUAAGUGUCCACCAGCACACAACUUACAAACUCGCGUCAAGUUUUACAUUGCCAACCCUAGAUGCACAAGGCCUUAAGUGGUCACCAUGUGGCCGAUGGAUAGCAGUAUGGGAUUCGGCUGCUUCUGGAUACAAAGUUCUUGUAUACACUGCGGACGGGCAUUUAUACAGAACGUAUGAGAAACCUUGCGAAGGCCUUGGUGUAAAAAGCGUCGAAUGGAGCCCUGGGGGAGACUUUCUAACUAUUGGAAGUUAUGAUGGGAGAUUGGCUUUCCUGAGCAACUACACAUUCUCUCCUGUGAUUGAAAUGAACCACACGAGGACCGUUAGGCUUCCAGGUGUUACGGUUUGGUCUGAAUGUACAAGCCCACCCCAUGGGAGAUAUUAUGCGCAGGCACAACAACCAACGACGCUUCCCAUAAUACCGUCAAGUUCUUCCGACAGUCAACUCAAGCUUGGCAUCUCAACAAUAGCGUUUAAUAACCCGGAUGGCACACUUAUUGCUACCAGAAAUGAUUCUAUGCCAACUACCGUUUGGAUUUGGUCUUUGAAACUACUCCGGCCGUACGCCGUCCUUGUUCAACUGAAUCCUAUCCGAUCAAUUAGCUGGCACCCAACGAUUCCGGAUCUUCUAAUGAUUCAGUGUGCGCCAGGUGGUGAUGGGAACUCAGCAGAGCCUUCAAAAGAGCAAGGUGUGGUAUAUCUAUGGAGUGCGGCUUGGGCCCAGCCAAGGGCGGUGGCUGUACCAAUGGAGCGCCUGUCGGGGAAUACUUGGGCGAGAUGGAUUCUCACCGCUCCACCCAGUAACACUGUUUCCGCUCCUUUCAGCGCAUCGACCACUAGUCCGGGGCCCCUUAUUAUGGAAAGGAGGAGUCGGAGUCCCGAUAAGAUGGAGGACAAGAAACCGAUGGUUAUGUUUGGAGAUAGGGAUGGUUUUGUUGUGGGGCAUGUGCAGGAUGAGCCGGAGUCGGAGGAUGCAGGGAGAUCGGUGGACGGGGUUGAGGUGGAGUGUCAACAGAAGAGGCAGUGGGAUCUCGCUGACUGGGAGUGCUUUGCGCAAGCCGAAAGGCUUCCGAAAUGUUCGUUAUCAUCGGUACCCCAGGCGCCUCCGCACUCAAACCCUGGCAACAACAAGGGUUUAAGGGGGGGGUUGGGAAGUGUUGUUAAUAGUUCCUCGGGAUCUAACGGAUUAUCUCCUCCGGGUGCCAAGGAGGGGGACGAUAGUUUUGAUUAUCGUUCGUGGGGGCAGAAUGUUCGAGUAAGCUCCUAAGCAGGACGAUGCGGACGGAACCGGUAGCUGGGAAAUAUGAACAAUUGGUCCUUCAAUACGGUAAUAGCUUUCUAACCGCAUUUCGCAUUUGAUUCCUUGAUGAGAUACUCUAGGAGAGCUUUGAUUAAUACAUUGUUUCUUGUAUUUGAUUUUUCUUAAUUCUUCGCAGGAUUCUCCCCCCCCUUUUUUCUCUUUCCUUACAAAUUGUUGUAUAAUGUGCUUUGAUAUAUGGUGUUUUCAGGUGCAAAGUGUUUUUUGUUUUCUCAGACCAUUUUCCUUUCCUGUUCAAAUGUGUAUUUUGCAGAUUUUCUUUCUCAUUUGUCCUCACUUUUCACUUUUAACCUUUCUCUUCAGCCUACGUUUCUUCAUUAUAGCCAUCAUCGUCAUUAUCAUCAUCAAUUUUUCCUUUCCGUUUCUGCUUCUGCUUUGUUAUUGAUGAUUAGGGUCGUCUUAUCCGUUUAACUUUGUUUUAAAAAGGGAGGGAAAGGCCAUUUAUCUACGCUUAUUUAUUUAUCUUUUCAUCCCAUCAUUCCAUCAUUGCCAUAAUUGUUGUCAUGGUUCAACUGUUUUACUGAUUCAUCAUCACACCAUUUGACCCCUCGUUCGAACUUGAGCUUGUGUGGAGGGAAGCGAAGGGAUGGAAAGCGUGAAGGAAGGAAUAUCAGUUUCUCAUAUUUAUCAUAAUUCACUUCUUCUCGAUUGACACAGCAUCACCACCAUAUUUAGAUGUCUUAUGGCAUAGCAUUGCAUAACAUGGCAUAACUUCGUUGGGGGUCUUUCCUUUUUUUUGCUUCUACUUUCUGUU